UUCAGAUCUGUACCACAAAAUACUAACACUUCCAAUCUCUGCAAAAUCUCUGUCGAAAUAAUAGCGCUUCCUGCAAUUUCAUCACAAUUCUACGAAAUGUUUAUCCCUGGCGGCAAGUAUCAAGAUAUUAAUGCUUACUUUGGCCCUCCAGAUGAUGAACAAGAUUUUGAUUCUCCAAACGAUGGGGGGAGUGGAGAUAAUGAAUGGAACGAUUAUCUUUUAAUGGCGGGAGUACUGUUUCUAUGUAUGCUUAUUUCCAUCUUUGUUAUUUUGUAUUACGUCUACUUCCGAAUGGAUUCCCAUGCAGAGCACCGGCGGCGGCGGCGGCGGAGGCACCGAAUUUCGAGAGCUCGUGGGUUUUCUUUGAGAGGAGAAGAUGAACACUUGUGUUUUCCGGUGACAGAAGGUUUAUGCAGGGAAGUCGUAGAUGCCCUCCCGGUUUUUGUCUACAAGCCGGAAAAUUUCAAAGACGGAUUAAGUUGCGCUGUUUGUCUGAGUGAGUUCGAGGAGAACGACAAGGCCAGAUUACUGCCCAACUGUAACCACAGCUUUCAUGUCGACUGCGUUAAUAUGUGGUUUUAUUCCCAUUCCACUUGUCCUCUUUGCAGAGCCAACGUUGAGAAGCAGCCUGAUGAGUCUGUGCAAACUGGUAAUAGAGCAGCAGAGAUUUCAGUCAUGGAAGAAGAAGUGGGAAUAGAUCAAAAGGCAGUAGAAAGCACAAGGAGUGGAGAAGAACAAGUGGAAUGCAUUAAUGGCGAGAGUAACAGUGUUAGUGUUGAUAUCCCACCUAGGGAAAAGUAGAAUUCUUUAUAUAUAACUAGUGUUUCUGGGUGAAGGUAGUAGUUGUUCAGGGGAAGCCAACAGACUCUAUAACCAUACAAUAUAAUCAUUUUAUUCAUAUAUAAAUAAAAUAAAAAAUGUAUAUAUGAAAAUUAAGUGUUGUACAUCCUGUAAGUUUUAAUUUUAGUAUUUAUUGAGUGAUUUGUCAGGUUCUUAAGGUAAA